GGUUUCUGGAACUGAAGAAAGGAACCCUAUUCCAUUAAUGGAUUACAUCCUAAAUGUGAUGAAAUUUGUGGAGUCCAUCCUAAGCAACAACACAACAGAUGACCAUUGCCAGGAAUUUGUGAGCCAAAAGGGGCUACUGCCCCUGGUCACCAUUUUGGGCCUCCCCAAUCUACCUAUCGACUUUCCAACAUCAGCUGCCUGCCAGGCUGUGGCAGGUGUCUGCAAAUCUAUACUGACUCUGUCACAUGAACCAAAAGUCCUUCAAGAGGGACUCCUCCAAUUGGAUUCUGUCCUCUCCUCCUUGGAUUUGCUGCAUCGGCCAAUUGAGUCCCCUGGGGGAUCAGUGCUGCUUCGAGAGCUUGCUUGUUCCAGCAGUGUUGCAGAUGCCACCCUUUCUGCCCAGGCCACCCCCCUCAUACAUGCACUCACAGCUGCUCAUGCAUAUAUCAUGAUGUUUGUUCAUACUUGCAGGGUGGGCCAGAGUGAAAUCCGUGCCAUCUCAGUGAAUCAGUGGGGCUCCCAGCUGGGUCUCAGUGUCCUGAGUAAGCUGAGCCAGUUAUACUAUUCCCUGGUCUGGGAAAAUACAGUCUUACUUUCACUGUGUACCCCUAACAGCCUCCCCUCAGAGUGUGAUUUUGGUCAAGUGGACAUGCAGAAGCUGAUUCCAAGAGAGGAAAAGAUAGCCCAGGGAGCCAAGAGAACAGAAGGAGAAACAGAAGGGUCAACAGGAAUCAUUGAGGCUUCCACCCAGGGUCUUUUGGAAGGCAUUGGACUGGGUGGAGACACCCUGACACCUAUGGAAACCGAUGAGCCUAAUACAUCAGACUCCAAAGGGAAAUACAAAAUCACACCAGCCAUGGCAGCAAGGAUCAAACAGAUUAAGCCUUUGCUGUCGG